GGGAAGAGGUAGAAGAAGCAAGACCAGCGAAAGUAACGUGAGUUCCCGCGAAGGGCCGCAAAACGGAGUCCCGUGUGGACACUGUGUUUACACUGGCCGCACCUCAACUCUAUGGCCCUCGGUGACUAGAAGUGCCCAACUUCGGGUUUUCAUUAGACGACAGCGCGUGAAAUGACCCGGAAGCGGAAGCCGAAGAACCUUCUAGCGGCUUAAGGUAUCGGCGGGAGCUGCUGGUUGGCGGGAGGAGCCGUUACCCGAACCAGAGUUGCCGGUUAAGACUGAUCAAGAUGACAACAUCCCAAAAGCACCGAGACUUCGUGGCAGAGCCCAUGGGGGAAAAGCCAGUGGGGAGUCUGGCUGGGAUUGGUGAAGUCCUGGGCAAGAAGCUGGAGGAAAGGGGCUUUGACAAGGCUUAUGUGGUCCUUGGCCAGUUUCUGGUGCUAAAGAAAGAUGAAGACCUCUUCCGAGAAUGGCUGAAAGACACAUGUGGCGCCAAUGCCAAGCAGUCCCGUGACUGCUUUGGGUGCCUUCGAGAAUGGUGUGACGCCUUCUUGUGAUGUUCUCUAGAGAGUCCUCAGUUCCUCAGCCCCAGCAUCAGAGUUUGCAACGAGUCGGGGCUCCUUCCUAUUCUCUACAAUGGACAAGAUUGCUUUUGUCACUCACCUCUGAUGUACUCCAGGGUUUUGGGAGUUCUCUUUCCACACCAUUUCAACUUUUUUGGAAUUCUCACCCUUGCAUGCGUGGUCCUUUUUCCUUUAAAGUCCCAUGGUGACAGUUACCAGCUUUCCUGAGUGGACUCCCCCUUACCCCUCCCUUCACCUCUGAUCUUCUGGGUGCCAUUUGGCUCCUUUUUUUUUUUUUUUUUUUUUUGGCAGAACAGUCACUGUCCUUGUAAAAUUUUUUAGAUCAAUAAAGUCAGUGGCCUUCAUGA